AUGACUGAGCCAAUCAAACCACCAAAAAAUGCCCUAAUCUACAAUAAGAGGCAGAUGAGCCGGAUCUACCCCAAAGGGGGGCGGGUCGACUCCUCCAACUACAUGCCCCAGAUCUUCUGGAACGCCGGCUGCCAGAUGGUGUCCCUCAACUUCCAGACCCCAGAUCUGGCCAUGCAGCUGAACCAGGGCAAGUUUGAGUACAACGGGGCGUGUGGGUACCUGCUGAAGCCUGACUUCAUGCGCCGUUCAGACCGCAUGUUCGACCCCUUCUCUGAAACGCCCGUGGAUGGAGUCAUUGCUGCCACCUGCAGUGUGGAGGUGUUCUCGGGCCAGUUCCUGUCGGAUAAGAAGAUCGGCUCGUACGUGGAGGUGGAUAUGUACGGCCUGCCCACAGACACCAUCCGCAAGGAGUUCCGCACACGCAUGGUGAUGAACAACGGGCUCAACCCCGCCUACAACGAGGAGCCCUUCGUGUUCCGCAAGGUGAUCCUGCCGGACCUGGCGGUGCUGAGGAUCGCGGUGUAUGACGAUAACAACAAGCUGAUUGGCCAGCGCAUCCUGCCGCUGGACGGGCUGCAGGCAGGGUACCGGCACAUCUCUCUGCGUAACGAGGGCAACAAGCCGCUGUCCCUGCCCACCGUCUUCUGCAACAUCGUGCUCAAGACAUACGUGCCUGACGGCUUUGGGGCAAUCGUGGACGCCCUGUCAGAUCCAAAGAAGUUCCUGUCGAUUGCAGAAAAGAGGGCGGACCAAAUGAGGGCAUUGGGGAUCGAAACCAGUGACAUUGCCGACGUGCCGAACGACAGCUCCAAGAACGAUAAGAAGGGCAAGGUGAGCCAGGUGAAGACGAGCCUGUCGCCUCAGACCAGCGGCGAGCCGGGACAGCCCUCCACAGCCAGCCAGACCACCACCACUGAGCCCCGGAGAGACACCGGUGGUCUGGUGCCACAGACCAGCAUCGAAGACUUGAAACAGAUGAAGACGUACCUUAAACUGGUGAAGAAGCAGCAGAAAGACCUGAACGCGCUGAAGAAGAAACACACAAAGGACCACAGCGUGAUGCAGAAGUCGCACUGUUCACAGGUGGAUAAGAUCGUCGCUCAGCAUGACAAGGACAAGCUGCUUCACGAGAAACUGCUGGAGAAGGCCAUCAAGAAGAGGGGAGAGAAUAACUGUCUGGAGCUGAAGAAGGAAACUGAAAUCAAAGUGCAGACACUGACGUCUGACCACAAAGCCAAGGUGAAGGAGAUGGUGGCCCAGCACACAAAGGAGUGGUCAGACAUGCUGAACUCUCACGGUGCAGAGGAGCAGGAGCUGAAGGACCAGCACGUCCUGCAGCAGUGUGAGACGCUGAGGAAGCUGAUGCUCGCCGUGCAGGAGCAGCAGAGCGGCCAUCUUAAACUCAUCCACGAGCGACAGAGUAAAGAGAUGAGGGCCAACCAGGCCAAGUCCUCCAUGGAGAACGGCAAGGCCAUCAGCCAGGACAAGAGCAUCAAAAACAAGGCAGAGAGAGAGAGGAGGGUACGGGAGCUGAACAGCAGCAACACAAAAAAGUUCCUUGAGGAAAGAAAAAGGCUGGCCAUGAAGCAGUCCAAGGAGAUGGAGCAGCUGCAGAAGAAUCAGAGGGAGCAGCUGGACUCUCUGGAGAAGGCCAAUGAGCAGCACUUGAAAGCACAUGAACAGUCUAAGUGCCAAGGCCAAGGACAUGCAGCGGAUGGUGAAGCUGGAGGCCCAGAUGGACCGGCGGCCGGCCACAGUGGUGUGAAGUACCCGCCCACAGACUGAGGCCCCGCCCACACGGAAACCCCGGCCCCUCCCCCUGCAGCAGGGGCUCCACCUCACACCAUCCCCAGCAGCGCCGCCCUACAGGUGGGACUCGCCCGGCGGGAACAGACCUCACCUGCAGCCUCCUCUAGUCCUGUCCGCUGGCCUCCAUCUUGUUUUAUUUCACAUUUAGGUUUUUUUAAUGCAUCGGGGUCUGCAAAUAGCAAUAUUUGUUGGACGUGAGAUUAUCUGUUUUUACUUACUUCAAUGGUUUUAUGUCACCUGGGUUUUAGGCCGAAUAUAUUCAAAGAAUAUUUUUAAACCUUUUAUUUUUUUCCUCUUUUUUCGUUUGUGUAUAUUUCAAUGUUACUGCAUAAGCACUGUAGCAGCACCAGAUGCGAUAAUGGAAAAAUAAUAAUAUAUAUAUAUGGUUUUUUGUUACUUUGUGCCAGCACAAUGCCUGAAUAAUCGGCAUUCACUAACAGUUGAGUAUUACAUUACGGGCACAAACUAUAGGCUGUGAAGAGGGUCGAAAUGUAGCAAUGCGUGUUCGUAUGUGGAAUGUACAAGGUCAUAAAUCUACGGGUGACUGACAGAGAAACACUGAACGAACUCCCGUUAGAGGGCAACUGCUGUUCUGAGAGUAUUUCGUCUCCAUGAUCUGUGACCAGUGUUCGUCGUUUUUAUUCAUGUUUCAGAAAAAACACAAAAAUGUUUUUACAUCGCAGACACGGUCAGGAAUGGAACACUUAUUUACCGUGCACUUAUUUAUUUGUUUUUUUUUACCCCGAUUUAUUACCGUAAACUUCCUCUCUGUUUGGAUUGAUAUAGCAGUCCAUUCGGAGGAGUGCAGCUUGUGCAAGAGACCUGCCAUUCCCCCACUCACCAGAGGGGGCGCUGUGUGUCCUGCCGAUUCAGACUAUGACACAUUAAGCUCCGCCUUGUGGGUCUGCCAGUCACAGUCUGCUGAUUCACUCCCACACCGUGGGCCCGCCCACAUACUGAAGACCCAGAGAGGAACACGCACACACACUCACACUCACUCACACACACUCACACACACACACACACACACACACACACUCACACACACACUCACACACACACACACACACACACUC